AUGUCUCGAGGUGGAGGAAGAGGAGGCCGCGGCGGUGGCAGAGGGGGACGCCAGCAGCUCCCAUGGACAGAAGACCCCAACCUCAAAGUCGACGGCCGACCAGCUGAGGCCUUCCCACCAUACAAUGUUCCGAUCCCUAACCCGUUAAGCGACCGAGAGAGGUCUCAAGUCCGGUCCUUCCUCCUCUUCCGCGAACAAGUCCACGACGGGCCCUUAUACACCGCCGCUCGCUCCUACAAGCCCCCCUCGUCCGGGUCCAGCACACCGCGCGCCUACGGGCAGGACCAGAUCAACCAGCGCUACGGUCUCAAGAGCCGUGCGACGCUCGACCCCUUCACGGCCGUCGAGAUGCCCUCAUCCCGCAUGCGACGGCCCGAGCGCGUCCUGCCCGACUUUGGCGAGCGGCCUUUUACCAAGUCACUGUUCCCGGCGGAGCUGCACUCUACUAUCGACGACGAGGAUGGUCACGAGCCUUCGGACCGCCGAGGAGAUCUUUAA